GCGGUCCGGCCCCCUCUUACCCCCAAGAGCUUGCAAUCUGACGGCAGCGAGGGCAGAGGAUGCAGGCGAGGCUGCUGCUUCUCGCUCUGUCCCUGUGCUGUCUCGGACGGCCCCCGGUCUCGGGGCAGGUGGAGAAGGUCAGGGUCAUGUUCACACCCAUGAUCUGCCGCGUGCGGUGCGCGGGGGGCCGCUGCGUCAACCAGUGUGACAAAGGGAACAUGACGACCGUGUACAGCGACGAGCCGUCCAGACACAGCGACCAGCAUGGCUUCCGAGCAUUUCUUUGCCCCCUCUUGUGCCAGAAUGGGGGCGUCUGCCUCAAAAAAGACAAAUGCCUCUGCCCCCCGAACUUCACCGGGAAAUUCUGUCAGAUCCCGGCGUCUGGCGACCGACAGGCGGCGUCUCCGAUCCAGAGAAACGGCAGCGAGGAGCAGAACACCAUGACCAAAUCGGUCUACACGCUGCCGCUGGCCAAUCACAGGCCGGAGAAAGACGGAGGCAUCUCCGUGGUGAAGGUUCAUGUGCAGCACCCCCCGGAGGCUUCGGUGAGCAUCCACCAGGUGGAGCGCGUGGAGGGCAGAGGCGAGGAGGCAGGAGGAACGCGUCGGGAGGCGUCUCGGAGCCCUGUCCAGGACGGAGUCCCUCUGUACAGAGUGCAGGCCCAGAGCAGCCCCCGGAUCAACGGUUACACCGAGAACUCGGGCUUCGGCUAUUGCUUCCGGCGCCUGGAGGGCGGCCAGUGCGCGUCACCAUUCCCCGGCCUGAGGACCCAGGAGAUAUGCUGCAGGGGGUCUGGGGUGGCAUGGGGCGUCCAUGACUGCACCCCCUGCACCUCAUACCAUGGAGAUGCGCUGUUACCCGACUCCUCGUGCCCCAAAGGAUUCGAGAAGCUCAAUGACACCUGCAUCGAUAUUGAUGAAUGUAAGGAUUCCUCUCUGUGUCAGAACGGCGAUUGCACCAACACUAGAGGGAGCUUCGCGUGCGUCUGCAGAGAGGGGUACCUGCUGGACUCGUCCCGGAGCAGCUGCAUCUCCGAUCACGUGAUCUCGGAGGCCAAGGGCCCGUGUUUCCGGAUAUUGCGGGAUGGCGGUUGUUCUCUCCCGAUCCUCAGGAACAUCACGAAGCAGAUCUGCUGCUGCAGCCGGGUGGGAAAGGCCUGGGGCAGAGGCUGCGAGAGAUGCCCCCCCUUCGGCACAGAGGGAUUUAAGGAGACCUGCCCCGCAGGGCCGGGGUAUCACUACUCUGCCUCGGAUUUGCGCAUCAAUGCCCGUUAUGUGGGGCAAGACCAUGCCAGGGUGCCCGUCCAACGCCAGCCCGGAGGGAGACUUCUGCCCCUCACCACUCUUGCUCCCCCCCGCCAGGUGGUCACAGUCAGAUCACGUGUGGACGUGGAAGAGAGGAGACCGGACAUGAGCCAGGGCCGAGUGCCGCUCCCGGACACGAGCCAGGGCCGAGUGCCGCUCCCGGACACGAGCCAGGGCCGAGUGCCGCUCCCGGACAGGACGGAAUCCACGCAGGCGCGAGGGGACGGACAGCCUCCUGCGCAGGUGCCGAGGGUGACGGACACAGAAUCAAAUAUAUGUGAGCUGAACCCGCAGAUCUGUGGCCCCGGACGCUGCGUCCCCCGAUCCGGCAGCUACACCUGCGUCUGCAACAACGGCUACUGGCUGAGCACGCAGGGCACCCACUGCAUCGACAUGGAUGAAUGCAGACAGAGGCCAAGCCCUUGUGCCAACGGACGCUGUGAGAACACCGUCGGCAGUUACCGCUGCGCCUGCGCGGCCGGAUUCAGCACCAACCCGCAGGGCACUGAAUGUACAGACAUCGAUGAAUGCAGCGGUGAUCAGCAGCCCUGCGGCGGAGGCGUCUGCCACAACACCCCGGGGAGCUACCGCUGCGCAUGUCCCCCCGGCUUCAGCCUCAGUCCACAGGGAACCAGCUGCAUCGACAUCGACGAAUGCCGCCUGACCACGAGGAGACUCUGUCAGAACGGGCGCUGUGAGAAUACCCCCGGCAGCUUCCUGUGCGUGUGCCCGGCGGGGUAUAUCGCGAACCCCCAGGGCACGGACUGUCAGGACGUGGACGAGUGCCGGCAGACCCCGCGGCCCUGCGGAUCCGGGAGAUGCCAGAACACGCCCGGCAGUUAUCGCUGCUCCUGCGCGGUUGGAUACAGGAUGACCUCACAGGGCGAUGACUGCGUCGAUAUCAAUGAGUGUGAGAACCCGGGGGCAUGCGCGGGGCAGGAAUGCGUCAACACCCUGGGAUCCUUCCAUUGCCGUCAAUGCAGAGCGGGGUACCGGCUCCAGAACCGCCGCUGCGUCGAUAUCAACGAGUGCCAGACGGAGCCCACCUGCGGCCCCCACGGCAAAUGCGUCAACACCGACGGCUCCUUUCAGUGCGAGUGCCUUCCGGGCUUCCGGCUCAGCGGAGACAGGACGCGGUGCUCGGAUGUCAACGAAUGCCUGGAGGGGGAGUUCUGCUUCCCGCACGGCGAGUGCCAGAACACGGAAGGCUCCUACACGUGUGUGUGCGCCGAGGGCUACGCCGUGUCUCCCGGGGGAACGUCCUGCAUCGAUAAGGAUGAGUGUCAGUCGGGGACCCUGUGUCAGGGAGGGCGAUGCGCCAACACGCCGGGGUCCUUCCAGUGCGCCUGUCCCACCGGAUUCCGAGCCACGGCAGACAAAGCCACCUGCGCAGAUAUUGACGAGUGUCGGGAGAGAGGAGGAACCGUCUGCGGGACGCAGGGCUGCGAAAAUACCCUGGGAUCCUACAAGUGCAUCGCCCAGUGCGACAGCGGGUACCGGAUCACCGCGUCGGGAGACUGCGCAGAUAUCGACGAGUGCUCCAACUCGACCGUCUGCGGGGAGAACGCGGAGUGCGAAAACCUCAUCGGCACCUACCGCUGCACCUGUAACCUCGGCCACGAGAUGUCCAGCGAUGGGAAAAACUGCGUGGAUAUCGACGAGUGUUUGGAAUACGGAAAUUCCAUCUGCGGGACUCUGCGCUGCCAGAACACCCCAGGGCACUACAAGUGUAUUAAUGAUUGUCUCCCCGGCUAUCAGCUGUCACCGGCCGGAGACUGCAGAGAUGUGAACGAGUGCGUGACGCUCCAAGGCGUGUGCGGGAUCGCUCGGUGCCAGAACACGGAGGGCUCCUUCGUCUGCAUCUGUCCGAACGCCAACGAGGAGUUUGACCCCAUGUCUGGGAAGUGCUUGCCGUCGACCGUCUCAGCGGAUCCCGCGUUCCCCGGCCGCCCCGUCCCCCCCCGCACCGGCGGAUCUGGACUCCACGAAUGUUACUACAACCUGGAAGACCCCCGCGUCUGCGAGAACGUCCUGGCGCAGAACAUCAGCCGCGCGGGGUGCUGCUGCAGCGUCGGCAAAGGGUGGGGGAGGAACUGCCAGAUCCAGAGGUGCCCCGAAGCCGACACGGCCGAGUUCCAGGCUCUGUGUCCGGAAGGCGUGGGGUACAUUGCAUCGGGGCAAGGGUACAAAGAUAUCGAUGAAUGCCAAGUCUUCGGGACCCAGGCGUGCAAAGGAGGUGUCUGUAUCAACAAAGCCCCCCUGUUCGCCUGUUACUGCACCAACGGCUACUACUACGACGCGCAGCGCAUGGAGUGCGUCGAUAACGACGAAUGCCAAGAAGAGGAGGCGUGCGAAGGGGGCCACUGCGUGAAUACCGUGGGGUCUUAUUACUGCACGUGCAGCCCCCCGCUCGUCCUGGACGCGUCCCAGAGGAGAUGCGUCGCCAACACCAGCCAGGCUAUAGACAGUAACCUGGCCUUGUGCUGGCAGGAGAUCGGGGCAAAUCUUCUGUGCAGUCGCCCCCUGCUGGACCGGCAGACGACGUACACCGAGUGCUGCUGUUUGUACGGGGAGGCCUGGGGCAUGAGCUGCGCUUUGUGCCCAGCGAGAGACUCGGAUGACUUUGAGUCCUUGUGCAACGUCUUCAGGGCGCCGGGGUACGGGGGUCCUGCUUCUCUUCCAUCCGACCCGUACGGCGAGUACGGUCCAGAGUACGGCCCCCCCUAUGGUAUUCCAUAUGGUCCUGACGCUUACGCCAACCCACCUCCCAGAAUAUCCAGACCCGGAUACGACGCCUAUCCAGCGGCCCCCGGCGGCGGGCUGCCCUUUGGCUCCAGGUCAUCGCCCUACGACCCGCGGGACUCCUCGUAUGGUCUCCCCCCGUUUGAGUCUCCGGACUUCGACUCGGACGUUUCCUACCCGGACCCUUCCGCGGACGAAGAUUUGAGGCCCCCCUACAGGAGGACAGAACCCGCUUACGACCCCCGCGUGCAACCAUCGGCACCCCGGUCGCGGCCCAGGAGCCCGGUGAGCGGCCCCGGGCUGGGGUCGGAGGACGGGCGCAGGAGUCAGCCUUGGAGACCCGGAGGUCGGGAUCCCGAAUAUCUCUCUCCGCAGCCCAACUGGCGAGCAGGACUGCGGGAAGCGUACGACGACCGCUACGAGCAGUUCGAGGGGCUGCAGGCCGAGGAGUGCGGGAUCCUCAACGGCUGCGAGAACGGCCGCUGUAUCCGAGUCCCCGAGGGCUACACGUGUGACUGCUACGACGGCUACAGGCUGGACAUGACGCGCAUGGCGUGUAUAGAUAUUAACGAGUGCGACGAAGCGGAGGAUCUGUCCUUGCUGUGUGUGAACGGUCAGUGCCGUAACACGGAGGGGUCCUACGAGUGCGUGUGCCCCCGCGGCUUCGUCUUGUCCCGUCAGCACAACUACUGCGUCCCCUCUCAGCACUGAGACCCUCAGACUCCCCGCGGCCCCCCUGCGCGUCAUCCUGCGCCGAGAGGGGCUUCCCACGGGGG